CCCACUUUGGGAUUUCGAAUUUCGAGACAAAAAUACACCGAAGAAAGGAAAGAUUGAAAUGUUCUAACGCCUUACGUCCCUUAAUUUUCAGGCCUUUUUCUCAAACCUUCCAAACUAAACCACUUUCUUUAAAAUUCCUUACGGACGCAAUGACGAAAAUACUGGUUAAUUUAUAGGACAAAAACUAUCAAUUUAUUGCAUAAUUGCAUACACAUGGCACCUUUCUUUGUUUUAAUAUUCCUUAAAAAUAAAGCUAGGUCGCUGCCAAACUCGUCCCAGCGCCUUCGCCGUUCAGUAAAAAAAAGAGGCAAAAGGCGCUGGGGACGAUUUUGAGGUUGUUGCGUAGUUAGACCAAUUCCAAAUAUCUUUUUUUUUGUCAUUCUUAGUUUCGAUCGGAGGUUUUUGGAAAUCCUUUUUCUCCUAACCCUGAUCGUGCUUUAAUGUAGAAGAAUAAAUGCAACUCGAAAAACAAAAACAACAAUAACAACAACAACAACAUCAACAACAACAUCAAGAUCAUCAACAACAUCAACAAAAACAACACCAAAAACAACCGUGAAGCUGACUAUGCACAUAUUUUUAAUAUCUCGAAAGGAAAAAAAGAAGAGAAAAGUGACAGACCGGUUAUUUCGCUUGUAACGUCAUACACUAAAUCCGGAGUUCAUCUCCUUAAAAACGUGUCUAUUUUCACCACAGCUUCCACUAGCCUGUUUACGUAUAUCAUUUCAAUUGUUGACGAGCUAUUACUGCAAAAACCAAACUGCCGUUUGAAAACAAAAGAAAGAAAAAAAAUGCAUCGAAUGAAUAAAAAAAAGCCAAAAGAAAAACAAUUAUUAACCUUAAUACAAACAAGAACAAGAAACCUCUUCAGCUCCUUCAUAUAAAAAAAUUCUUCAUGUGUUUUGUCAUUUAACAAGAAUACAGUAAGAGAAACAACUUACAACAAUAAAGGCUAUAAAAUUGUAUCGCUACAGUGUUUGGAAGAUCGUUUUGUUUGGACAUUACCAACAACGAUGAUUCUAUUCCUUGCGCUGCUCAGUGCAGUUGCAUGCCAGCAGAUUUUACAACCAUCCUUCUUCGACAUAGCGAAGGGGAAAAAUAUCUCAGCCACAGCCACUUGUGGAGAAGAUUAUACUCCAAGAAAGGACGAUGAAAAAAAUGAAUUAUAUUGUACGCUGGCUGGAGUUCAGGGAAAAUUUGGAGUUGGUGGAUUAAGUUGUAGUUAUUGUAUUCCUGGUGACCUUGGAUCAAGUAUCGACGGGAAAGAUUCGAAGGAUCAUAACAUUCGAAAUGCUAAUGACGGUUCAAACAGAUGGUGGCAAUCUCCACCUUUAUCAAGAGGAUUGAAAUAUCGAGAAGUCAACAUUACCAUUGAUCUUGGACAGUCUUUUCAUGUGGCCUAUGUGAUUGUUAAAGCAGCAAAUUCACCAAGACCAGGAGUUUGGGCAUUAGAACGUUCUAAUGAUGGAGGAAAAACGUAUUCACCAUGGCAUUACUUUGCGCCAAGCUCUGCAGAAUGUAAACAAUAUUUUGGUGUUGAUUCAUAUCUACCAAUAGUACGAGAUAACACAGUUCUGUGUUCAACCGAAUAUUCACAAAUCCCACCAUUUCAAAAUGGAGAGAUUCACAUUUCUCUUAUUAAUGGACGUCCUGGGUCUUCCAAUUUUUCUUAUAGCACAACAUUACAGGAAUGGAUCAGUGCUACAAAUGUACGCCUUAGACUUAUAGACAUUAAAACUUUAUUGACUGAUUUACUUCCUCUUUCACUCGAUGAUCCAUCUGUGACAAGAAGGUAUUACUACUCCAUUAAAGAUAUCUCAAUUGGUGGUCGUUGUAUGUGUAAUGGCUUUGCAGACGAGUGUAAACCAUCAAGUACCGUUGGAAAAUAUGAGUGCAAUUGUCAAUACAAUACUGAGGGUCCAAGAUGUGAGAGAUGCAAGGAAGGAUAUGUUCAGAAAAGAUGGCGUCCUAGAACAAAAAUUGAUAGAUUUCAAUGCGAAAAAUGCAACUGUCAUGGACAUAGUGAUGAAUGUGAAUAUGAUGAUGAAAAGGAACAAAGAAAACUCAGCUUAGACAUUCAUGGAGUUUAUUCUGGUGGUGGUGCUUGUAAGAAUUGUCAACAUAACACUUAUGGAAUCAACUGUGAAAAAUGCAAACCGUUUUUCUAUCGACCUGCUGGUGUGAAAAUCACUGACGAAAAUGCUUGUCAAGCUUGCAACUGUAACACUACAUAUUCCUCCGGGUUAUGUGCAGACGAAACUGGCCAGUGUGGAUGUAAAAAAAGUUAUGUUGGAAGAUAUUGCAAUCAGUGCAGAAAGGGUUAUCACAUGUUUCCUAAUUGUAAACCUUGUGAUUGUGAAUUGAGUGGUUCUCAAGACGGUGAAUGCAUUCCUGAUCAAGAUCUUGGCUGCAGAUGUAAAGAAGGAUACACUGGGUUUUUGUGUAAUGAGUGCCGUCCUGGUUAUUUUGGAUAUCCCAAAUGUAGAGCUUGUCAGUGUGAAACACGAUCUGGUGCCAUUGAUAAUAACUGUAAUAGAUUGGAUGGAAAAUGCAGAUGUAAAAAUGGCUAUGAUGGAAGAACAUGUGACAAAUGCAAGAAUGGACAUUUUGAUUUCCCUUUAUGCAAAGGGUGUACCUGUGAUCCAAAAACAACUGUUGAUUCAAUUUGUGAUAAAAUAUCUGGAGUUUGUCAAUGCAAAACCAACUUUGAAGGACCAAACUGUGAUAAAUGUGCACAUGGAUUUCAUGGAUUUCCUUUGUGUCAACCAUGUGACUGUUCUUCUGGAGGCUCCCUUUCACAGAAUUGUGACAUCAACACUGGACAAUGUCCAUGUCGACCAAAUUAUGAAGACUUCAAAUGUCAACGCUGUAAAUCUGGCUAUUAUGGUUAUCCACAAUGUACAUCUUGUAAAUGUAAUAAUCAAGGAUCUCGUUCUCCUGACUGUAAUGCUGAGAAUGGUCAGUGCAGGUGUGCUUUACCAUAUGUUGGUAAACGUUGCGAUAGCUGUCCAUCAGGCUUCUAUGGUUUUCCAAAUUGUAAACAAUGUAAUUGUAAUCCAGCUGGAACUGGAACGCAAUCUGGCGGCAACAUCGGUGAUUGCAGUUCCAACAAUAACGGUCAAUGCAAAUGCAAACGCAAUGUGAAGGGUUUGGAAUGUUCAGAAUGUAAAGCUGGUUACUACAAUUUGCAGGAAUCAAAUCCAGAUGGAUGUUCAGGUUGUGGGUGUGAACGAAGUGGUUCUAUAAAUGGUUUACUAUCAUGCUCAGAAGGUGGACAAUGUAAAUGUCGCGAGUUUGUGAAAGGAUACAAGUGUAUAGAAUGUGAAGAAGGAUAUUUUGGUUUAAAGGAUGCAAACCUGUUUGGUUGUGCAGGUUGCCAUUGUGAUAAUGGUGGUUCUGUAGACACUAAAUGCUCUAAAAACGAUGGACAGUGCAGGUGUCGACCAAAUAUUUCAGGAAGACAAUGUGACAAAGUUGAUUGCAAGUUUUACUUUCCAACAUUACAUCACAUUCGAGCUGAAAUGGAAGAUGGCGUAACACCUGAUGGUGAUGCAGUUCGAUUUGAUUACCAAGUGCAUAAAUUUCCUGGAUACACAUGGAAAGGUUUUGUCUUCUUCAGUGAUAUUCAGCCUGCUGUUAUUGUUUCUAUUGAUAUUCCGAAAUCGUCAAAGUAUCUAAUCAUGUUUAAAUAUGUAUUGAAUCAAAUUGCUCCGGCUAAAGAGCAAGUGUCUGCAUUUAAAGGAAUCACAGACCAAAGCCGUUUAAUUGGAUUAGCAGAAUUUUUAUCAACGCAGAGAGGAGCAGGAUUUACGAGUGCGUAUACCACAGUAAAAGAAUCAAAUGGAAAAAGUUUGUAUUUUUCAUUGACAGCAGGCUCUUGGAAAAUUAAACUUGAAGUUACAAAUUCCCCGGUUUAUGUGGACCAUGUAACAGUAAUCCCUCAAGAAUAUUCUGAUGCUAAUGAACUUAAGAAGUCUGUUCAAACACCUUGUGAAGUUAAUAAACAAGAAAAGUUUUGCAAUCUGUACCAAUACGUAACACUUGACGAUUUUACGAAAGUUGAAGCAGAAAAUCCUGGAAAGACAAGACAACGUGACCCUUUGCCAUCUCUUUUUAACAAUACUGCUAUCCUAUCAAAAUUAGAUUUCAAAGCUAUGGUAUUGCUAACACCAGAGACAAGACGACUUGACAUGUAUGUCUCAGUUCCAAACCCAGGGAAAUAUGUUGCGUUGAUCCAGUAUUAUCACGAUUCAAAUGUCACAGAGUACCUUAAUGUUUAUAUGAGGAGCAGGCACGAUACCCAAACAGGAAAAGCAUGGCUGUAUAAGUGCAGAUAUACGUUUGGUUGUCGUCAAGCCAUUUUGGAGCGUAACUUUCAUGGAGUUGUAACAUUCAAUAUGGUUACUGUCAAAAAGUAUUUGUUGACGUUUGUUUUAAGAGGCAAUACGAAUGUUGGAUUAGAUUCUGUUGUUCUAAUUCCCUAUGAUCAAUGGCAUUUGGAUUAUGUAACUCCGAAGAUGUACUGCACUACUAAAGAUGGUAAAUGCACCUCGAGUGAAUACAUGAUUCCUAAAAAUAGCAAGAAAGUAAUAUCAAAUGAUGGGACAAUUGAUGCUGUACCUAGUUACAUCAUUGACCCUAAUGUAAAGGUUAAAUACUUGAGACCGGGAGUUAAUUUCCUUGAUGUGCAAGAUGUUGGAGCAGGCCGGUUUUAUGUCUUUAUACAUUAUUACCAACCAAAUCACCCAUCAUUUUUGGCAAAGACUACUUUAUAUUCUGGUUCAGAAGCUGGAAUUACUGGAGAAGUACAUUUAGCAUUCUGUCCUAACCUUAAUGGUUGUAGACAAAAAAUUAGAAGCUCCAAUGGUAUUGAUGUAUUUGUCUUUGAGAAUGUCAAAUCAAGACUUCAGCUAGAUAUUGCAGCACAACGAGACGCAUGGAUAGAGUAUCUAUUGAUUGUACCAGAGAACUCUUCAGAUGUAGCAUCUACAGCCUUGCAUACCCCCAAGCAACUGCAACUGUCAAAGGACUUCCAAGAGCAAUGUGGUUUUGAUCAUUAUUAUGUCAAGCCUGAUGCAACAGGUUUCUGUCGUGACAGUGUCUUUAGCCUAACAACAGCAUUCAAUGAGGGUGCAUUACCAUGUAAUUGUAAUUCUGAAGGUUCUAUUUCAACUUCAUGUGAAUGCACAAAAUUUGGAGGUCAAUGUCCAUGUAAGGAAAACGUGAUUGGAAGAACAUGCUCCAGAUGUAAAGUUGGUUAUUAUGGUUUUCCAAACUGCAAACCUUGCAAUUGUUCUAAUUGUGAUGAUAUUACGGGUCGUUGCACCUGUCCACCAGGAGUAAUUGGUGAAAAAUGUGAUCAAUGCAAGCCAGGCACAUUCGGGUAUGAUCCUGUUAUUGGGUGUCAGCCUUGUAAUUGCGAUAAGCAAGGAACUGGUACAGAUGAUGCUGUUUGUAAUGUCAUUACUGGUAAAUGUCCUUGUAAAGAAAACUUUACAUCUCGAAAAUGUUCAUCUUGUGCUCCUGGCUAUUAUAACUAUCCAAUAUGCAAGAAGUGUGAAUGUUUCCAAGGAGGAGUGACUUAUGAAAAAUGCAAUAGUAAAACUGGUGAAUGUUCAUGCCAGGAAGAUGCAGUCGGCGCUCAAUGUAAUGACUGUCCUGCAGGAUUUUUCAAAACAAAAGAUGUGAAGAGUACUCAACUUUGUACGAAAUGUUGGUGCCAGGGAAGAUCAACAACAUGCAAAGAAGCGCAACUGUACAGAUCUACAAUAGUUACUGCUACAGCAGGAUGGAAGGUUUCAUUGCCAAAUAUACCUUCCGCCUCCCGUAAUCCAAGUAGUUCAAACAUCGUCUACUGGAUUGCACCAACAGAAUUUUUGGGUGAUCAAUCUGCUUCUUAUGGUGGAGAGCUCUACUACUUUUUCGAGUAUACAACUAAGAGUGGUGAGACCAAUAUUCUAGAUAACAUCCCAGAUGUUUUGAUUAAGGGUGAAGAAAUAUCUAUAAAAUCCACUAAGCAAGUUUAUAAAUCACCAGAUGCAGUUCAUAGAUUUCGAAUAAGAUUGCACCAGAACUACUGGUCACUCAAGAACGGUUCAACAGUGUCACGUGAACAAAUGCUUUCUGUUCUCUCAAAAGUUAAAAGUCUUCAAGUCCGUGCCAGUCAUGAUGCGAAUGCCGGCACUUCCACUUUAUGGAAUAUAACUAUGGAUGUAGCUGUGAAACAUGGAACUGAAUUAAUAUACGGUAUUGAAAAUUGUACUUGUCCAAGUGGCUAUGCUGGACCUUCAUGCUUGCAAUGUGCUGUUGGUUUCACAAGACAAAAAGAUGGAAACUGUGGAAAAUGUGAAUGUUUUGGUAGAAGCAAUGUUUGUGAUACUGAAACUGGAGCUUGCUAUAAUUGCACUGGAAACACUUAUGGUGAUCGAUGCCAAAGUUGCAAGACUGGCUUCUAUGGUAGUAAAUGCAACCCUUGCGAAUGUCCAGGCACAAUGCCAGGUAACAAUUUUGCUGACUCAUGUGGUCUCGACGUUGUGUCUAGUCAGUUAGUAUGUCAAUGCAAGAAAGGAUAUGCUGGAAUCAAAUGUGAAAGAUGUGCGGAUGGUUAUUAUGGCCAACCCAACGUAACUGGUGGCAGUUGUAAACCUUGCUCAUGUAAUGACAAUAUUAAUACAAAUUUAACAGGCAAUUGUGAUGCAAUUACAGGCGAGUGUUUUAAAUGUAUUAUGAAUACCCAUGGGCCUAAAUGUGAGAAAUGCAAGCCUGGCUUUUAUGGCGAUGCUGUUACAAAGAAAAACUGUAAGAAUUGCAAGUGCAGUCCGUGUGGAUCAACCGUUCAAACUUGUGACAAAACUACUGGUCAGUGUAAUUGUAAAAGAAAUGUCGAGGGUUCUCAAUGCCAACGUUGCAAGCCAAACACAUGGAACUUUAAUGCUUGUCAAGGAUGCGAAGAUUGCAGUUGUAGUGCUGCUUCAGAAAGUCAACAAUGUGAUGUUAAAACAGGACAGUGCAAAUGUUUGAAGACUGUUAUGGGAAGAAAAUGUGAUUGGUGCCAAUUAGGAUAUUUUAAUUACUCCUCGGAGGGAUGCCAAAAAUGCAAGUGUGGAGGAAAUUUCUGUGAUGUAAAAACGGGAAGCUGUGAUUGUGGAAUUUUGGGAGAGAAAUGUACAUUGUGCCCGCGUGGUUAUAUUAUUGAGAAUGGAAAGUGUGUCGAAUGUGAUAAUUGUGUUCAAAAUAUUCUAAAGCGUGUCCACAGUCUAACUAAAAAUAUGACAGACAUUAAGAUAAACAUUAUUCCUGGCCCAGUUAGUAAUUCAUCCCUGCAAGAUAUUAAAGAUGACAUAAUAAGAUUGGUAAAUAAAGCGAAGAAGUAUGAAGAUGAUCUGGAAGUUUACAGAAAAGCUAUUGGAUUUGAUAAAUACAGAGGACUUUAUGGAGACAUGGGCUUUAAUGCUGUAGAAUCAUUUAGAGGUUGUGAGUUUUCAUCUUCACCUGGUGUACCGACUGCUAAGCCUACUACAACUAGACGGUCACUGUCCUCAUCGGAAACCCUAACCAUUCCUACUGAUGAUAGGACGACUACAUCUAAAGUUACAACCAAAGCAGCAGUAUCAUCUGAAGAGACAACUAGUAAUGGCUCAGAUCUAGAAACAACUAAACAAUUCACAACUCGCAUCUCCAAUGUUAAUGUAACUACUUCAACACCAACAGGCAACAGAAGCAUCACUUAUUCUACUAAUGUAGCAGUAACCAGAAAAGCCACAACCUUAUCGGGCACCUCUGUAAAAUUGACAACAAACACCUCUCCAUCAUUCCCUGACGAGGAAACCACAACUAACAACGUUAUAGAAACAACAUCAGCGACUUCAUCAUCAACAACAAGACCAGAAGUUACUACCAGUCAAAGAACUGUGGAAACAACAACCAAAUCUAUUGAACAAACUACAACUGAAAUAGUAAUUGGUCCAAUACGUCAAAGUAACGUGUCUUCAGAGGCAACUAAAGCAACAGAAAUAACUACUACAAGGGAAGAUAGCACAGCUAAUGCUGCCACAAGUACCGCUUCAAGAAUUUCAUCUGCAGGAGAUACUUCAACCAAUAAAAAUCUGGAAACGACGACUGCAGAAUUUACAACUAGUGCAUCUGAAUUUACAACAACUGCAGCUGUAUCAGUAUCAAAUGAGGUUACAUCAACAAAGGGUAUUACGACAUCACGAUUAGAUAUAUCUACAACUAUCACAGAAGGUGGAACAACGACACCAGAGACAAAUGCAUUAGCAUCAUCAACUGACAGAGAAUCUACUACCGCCGAAGAUUUAGAAACGACAGCAGAUCAAGAGACAACAACACCAGCUGCUCCAUUAUCAACUACCCCUUUUGAAUCAAGUACGCCAGAUUUUAAUUCAACUUCAGGUUUAAAUUAUACCUCUACUUCUGAGGUUAUCUCUACAAGUAAUGUUUCGCCCACUUCAUCCUCGUUUGAUAGUGAAACAACAACAAACACAGUUUCACAAACAACGCCAUUCCCUGAAUCCGCCACAACAACAACAGCAGAAUUAGGUACAACUGAAGCAACUGUAAAGGAAAGAACAACAACACUGGCAAGUAAUCAAGACACAACAAAGGAUAUCGGUGAAGAGACCACAACCGAAGCUGUUAUUGACCCAUUGCAAGCCGAGACAACGACAGCCAAACGUCUACGUAAAAGAAGAGGUGUUGGUGCCCCAACUGCUAAGCGUUGUGGAGCAUCCUUGGCAACUGUGUUGGAUGACAGUGAAUUGAAAUUUAAUGCUGUGCAAGAAAAAGUAAAUAAACUUGAAGCAAAUGCUUACCAAUCUUCCCGAAAUGCAACUGAAACAAAAGAAAGAGCCGAAGAACUGCUCAAAUCUAUCGAGAAAUUAGUGACAGAUAUUAUUGAAAGAAAGAUUGCAUUUAAUAACAACACUGGAACCAAUGUAUCUCUCAUCGAAGCUGAAAAGAUUUUAAAAGAAUUACGAGAGAGGAACUUUACAACUGCACUGGUUAAUGCUACUGAAGAAAAAGGACUUGCAUUGAAUGCUUCAGCUGUCUCUAAAGAGAUGCUAAAACAAGCUAAACAUGUGGAAGAAAGAGCUGUUAACUUUAACAACAGUCUUAAAGAUUUUGUCCAAGCAUUUAGAAAUGUAAAAGCGUUAGGAAGAAUAGUUAACGCUAAUGCAGACAAUGCGACUGAUAUUGUUGGUAUGGCAAAGACUAUUGAUUAUGAGUUCCUCGUAAAAGAAGCCACAAAUAUAUACAAACAAAAUAAUAUUACAUUAAAGAAUGCUGGGAAUGUUCUGAAAAUCGCUGAAGAUAUUUUUAACGUUGGGAAACAAGCAUUUGAUAUACUGAACAACAAAUAUGGACCAAUGGCUAGCCUAUUAGAAGAACUUCGUGAAUAUGUAGCUAGUUUAAGAAGAGAAUUGAAGAUGACUGAAAAACCAGUCAAUGAUUCUGUUGUUCACGCGGUAAAUCUUCGUGAUCUUGCAGAGCAAUUAAAAGAGCUUCUCCAAGACACCAAAAAGUUUGCAGAGGCUGCGAUUCGUGCAGCGAAAGUUUACAGUGAAAUUGUAGAUGCGAUCUACGAGGCACUUGCAGCAGCUAAAAUGGCGAAAAAUACUUCUAUUGAAGCUGAUUUAAUGGCAAACACUACGAAAGCACAUGCACUCAACACUAAAAGAAAGGGCAAUGAAGUAAACAAAAAGACUGAUAAACUAGUGAAGAGCAUUAAAGAAACGCUAACAUAUUCACUGGAGGGUGUGAAAAAACGCUCAAACGAAUUAAGAGGUCUGCGUGAGAUUAUUCAAGGACGUAUUGGUAUUGUGAACGACGGUCUUCUGAAAUUUAACAAAGAAAAAGAUGUGGGCGAGAAAGCGAAAAAUGUGUCUGCCAAAGCUGAGGUAGCUGCAGUUGCCGCAAAUGCGGGUCAAGAAUUUAACAAGAGAGUUCAGGAACAGCUGGAAAAAGAUAAGCAAAUUAUGGAGAAGUUGAGGACCGAUAUUAAAAAUGAGAACAAGUUCAUUAAAGGCGUUGAAAGUAACAUAACAGCGAUAGAAAAAGGAGUUCUGACAUUAAACACUACAAUUCAAGCUCUGCACAAGAAGCAUGCCGACAUUGAAGAAACCAUGAAGGUUCGUUACAAUGAUGGAAUCAAACUGAUCAAAUUUCUUUUAAGUAACUCCCUUAAUCUUGUCGAUCACAUCAAGCUCACCAUGCACAUCAACAAAUCUUCUGAACUGAUCCUACCAACACCCGAAGAAGCCUACGAUUCGUCCAUUUCUAACGAAAUAUCAAUCAUAUUUACUACCAACGAUAGUGGCCCUCUGCUGUUUAUUGGGAACAGUGAUAGUUCCAGCAGACAAAAACGAGCUACUAGCAACGAUGAUAAUGGCUUUCUGUCUUUGGAAGUGUUUAAUCAUAAUGUUGUGUUCAGAGUUAAAUUUAACUCUGGUCCCGUCGUGAAAUUAGUAAAUCCACUGCAUAUUAGCUAUUCAGCUAAAUUUAAGGAUUAUUACAAAGUUGUGGCGAGAAGGACGUUUGGUUAUAUACAUCUGACUGUUUCUAAACUUGAUCAGAACGCUUUAGAAGUAAACGUCACCACAGCAGAAGUGAAUUCCACUGCUGUGUCACCACUAUUGAAUCUUGGUCAAAACAUCCACUUUCUGAUGGGUUCUAUGCCAUUAGGAAGGCAGUUGCCUUCUUCCGCGUUUGAGUCCGGACGUGUGUUCAAUGGUGGUUUGGAUGACUUCUUAUUUAAUGGAAGAGUUAUAGGAUUGUGGCGUUGGAAGCAUGCGAAGCAUAUUGAUGGUCUUGCUGGAAGAGCGAGACCUGCACCAACGGGAGAGUAUUGUUUUAACGGCAACGGUUUUCUGAUGGGUUAUAAAAGAAGUGACAAAAUGGGAGCUUCCAAGAUAUUACUGUCCUUUGUCACGCUUGAACCAGAUGGUUUGCUCUUUCUUGGUGUGAACGCGCCUACCACCAAUCCGGAUGGUACUUCUGCUUCAAAAUCAAAAUUAUUCUAUGCUCUCCAAAUGCGAGACGGAUACCUUGUCAGUACCUUCGACUUUGGCAAUGGAUUUCAAGAAAUUAUUCAUGACAACAAUCAGGGCAAGGUGGAUGAUGGUCAAACGCAUACCUUCAAAACAAAAAAAUGGGCAAAUGGUUUGUUGAGUAUUUAUAUCGACCUAGUUGAAAAAGCCAGGAAGGCAACAGCAAAAGAUAGUAUCACAUAUCCCAAAGAAUUUAAAGAACUUGAAUUCAACCGAUUUUAUGUUGGUGGUGUACCACUCGAUGGCUACGUGCCUCACGAAAACAUCACUACAAAAGGUUUCAUCGGAUGUAUUGGUAGUUUGACCCUUAUGAAGAUUCGAAACAUCAAAUAUUUCGACAAUGGAAACAAUUACAAGGAGGGAUUUGAAUUGGACGGUCAUACGGCAUCCUUCCCUUCAGCUUCUUCUUAUAUGGACGUUCCUGCAUGUAGCUUGGAACCAGGAGCUACUUUCGGGUUUGCUUUCCAAACUUACCAAAAAGAUGGUGUCUUAGUUCAUGCAAGUGGCAAGGAUGCUGCGGUGGAUAUGAUGUUGUUUGAUAGUCAACUUAAAGUAGAAGUUGUCGUAAGCGGAUCUACUUUUAAAUUGAUUAGUAAUGUAGCAGGUGGACUGUCAGAUGGCAAGUGGCAUGCUGUCUCUCUGCAUCUAGAAGAUGUUAGCGCUUUACUCUAUCUUGGCAUUGAUAAGGAAUAUAUAAAUUCAACGUCGAUACUUCCUGCGCCAGGGAAGGUUAUUGUUGCAGGUAAGAUGAGCCUUGGUGGAGGGGCGAAUAAGAUGAGUUUUAUUGGAAAUAUGCGCCAUGUCCAUUGUGAAAAUCGUGAGAUUAACUUGAUAACAGCAAAGCGUUUUAACGGUGCAAAGUUUGGUCUUUCCAGAUCAGUCCCACCAAUUGCGUUAGUUCCCCCGCCAGUAGUAACGUCCCAACCUCAAACAUUGUCUAUUAAAACUAUGUCAAAAGCAUCGUCUGUCGAGGGUAUAAGUACCUUGGUUUUCACUACGGCCUUAACACCAACAAAAGUUAUUGUACAGACAGAUAUGGCGACGACUGUGAUAGGAGACAGCACAGUCAAAACAACCCAGAAAACUCAGCAAGCUUCUACCGUUUCCCACACAACUACAGAAAUGAAAAUUACAGAAAAAUUCUCUACUAGCUAUUCAACCCUCGCUAAAGAUUCAACUAGCACCAGACAGCCCACGACAACAAUACCGGUUGUCACCACAGACGCAGCAACCCCCUCGGAAUCAACAACAGUUGCUGAGACGACGACAUCUGCAGGAACCAGAGCUGAAGAAACCACCACCACCAUUCCUACCACCACUACCAUUCCUACCACGACGGAAGCAGCAACCACCACCUCAACCACAACUAAAGGAACAACCAUAAUCGAGACCACUACCACCAUUCCACCCACGACUAUAACCACCACUUCAUCAACCACGGCAGCCAAAACCGCACCCACACCAUCUUGUAAAGGAAACAUUCCAACCCCAAUGAAAGAUGCGAUUGGAUUUGGCUUUGGUGAAGGUGGAGAAAGCUAUAUAGAGUUUGGCAUCAAAGCAGGGUCACUAGCACAAAAGUCGCAAUUUGAAUUUUUCUUCUACACUUUGGAACCGAAUGGCUUAUUGUUUACUGUUAAUAUGAAAACACAAUAUGAUUAUGAGGCUGUCUAUCUAAACAACGGCAAGAUAACGUAUUUAUUCAAUGCCGGUGGCGGCUCCAAGCCUAUAACAAGUUCAGCAACAUAUAAUGAUGGCAAAUGGCACAAAGUAUCGACAGGACGGUUAAAAACUGCAGGUCAUCUAACCAUCGACGACGGUUCUGUAUUAAAAGCCACAUCUCCUGGAACACUAUCAAAUGUUGAUAAAAUCACAAAAGUAUUCUUCGGAGGUUAUCCAUUGGGGGAGAUUGUACCUGAUAUAAUUCCAAAAUCCAGUUUAGUUGCAUUGAAGGGUGGUAUGAAAGGAUUUAAAUUGUUUGAUGAAGCUCUCUCACCAGCUGCAACUGAGGGAAUAACAUCUGGCUAUGAUGGUUUGGCGGUAACUAACGCAAUAUCAGUUGGAGAGAUGGGUGGCUACCUUGUGAAAAACACGACUAAAGUCGGAUUUAGAAUGAAAUUAUCCCUAAAGGUUAGAUCACGUGACAAGAAAGGAUAUCUCUUUUACUCCCACGGUGGAGGUGAUUGGUUAUUACUACGCAUCAAUGAUGAUGGAAACUUAUUUGCGGAGUGCAACAAUGGAGGUGGAGCUUUCAGUGUGGAAGUCAAACCACCAACUUCCAUCUGCGAUGGAGAGUUCCACAGUAUACUGCUUGUGAAGGAAGAAAAAACGCUAACGUUAAGUGUUGACGGUGCAACGAACAUUUACACAACACAGAAAUCCUCCUCCUCAGCUGAUACAAGCUCAUUAUUGUAUUUUGGUGGUGUACCAGACAAGAAGAAACCAAACAGCUAUGAAAACUUCUCUGGUUGCAUUUCCGAGGUUAAAGUAAACGACAAACUUGUAGAUUUCUCAACCGGUGCGACCGUCCAAGGUGCGUCUAUGCGUGGAUGUGCAAAUGAGAAAUAAUAGUUUUACAUUUUUUUAGUAUAAUAUAUAUGAAAAAUCUAAUUAGUUUAUAUGAGUUAGUUUUCAUUUUUAUUUUGUGACAACCUUCAUUCCCAGAAAAAAAGUAUUACACGAUUUCGACCUUACACACAGUUUUGUUUCUCGGAUUCUAUAAGGAGAUCUGUUUAAAGGUAAAAUUUUCAGUUCACUGUAGCAAAGUAUUGUGUUUUGAUUUUGCACAAGAAAGUAUUUUCAACAAUUCAUACAUCACCGAAUAAUUUCGUGAAAAUUAUAUUGUCGAUUUGGACGACGUGGAAUUUUUGUAAGGCUUUAUUUUUAAUUUGUUAAAAAUAUUUUUAGUUAUGCACUAUUAAAUUAAUUAUAUGUAGCUUUUUAUUAAAAUAUGUUUUUUAUUUAUUCUUUCAUUAUCAGUCUUAAAUUUUCUUCAUAAGGACAGAAUUUCAUUCCCUGCAUGUGCCGGCCUUUAAUCCUAUUAGCACCGGUCGAAGACGGGAGGGGGGAGGUGGAACUGGAUAGUGGGAGAAAACGUAUUUAUUAUUGUUAACGACUUUUUGGUGGGGGAGUGGGAACUUACUGCAAGAAGCUAUCGACGUAAAUGGUUCUGAAACCACCAAUUUGAGCCUUAUGUGUACUUUACGAAACAGGUUCAACACAUACUUUUGUAUAAUACAAGUUACGUUGUCGUAACUCAAAAGCAAAAAGUAAAUUCAGAUAACGUUUGGUCAGCAUACAAUUGAGUGCUAAAAUUUUGUGACUUUUGUAGGGCUUGUAAUAAAGAAAAGGGUGUUGGCAAUGAUUCAACACAUCGUAAUCAUAAAAAAUAUGUAGUGUACAACUUUAUAAAACUGACUGGAAUAAACGAGGUUAUAUAUUGGCUGUCUCACUUAUCCCUCUGUUAGUUGAAGUAUGUUAAAUCGUUGAAUGACAGAAGUGAUGCUAACAGUAUGGUAAUGACAAUGGUACUCUAUACGACUGAACAAUUUAACUUCCUGUGCUGUCACUUAACAAUCGUGUAGGAAUGCUUCAGAAUUUUU